AUGCCUUCUUUCUUCUUCCCUCUGAUAAUCUCCCAGCUGCAUGCACUGGAGGAGUCCUCGGGAAAACCUCUGAGCACAGAGCCGAGUCGGCCCACCACCAACGUGGACCCUCGCCUUUUAGAAGAUGAAGACGUGGGCUCACCAUCCAGCAGCGGAGUGAACCUGAAGAACUCGCAGCAGCCCUGCAACAUCCUCCAGCAGCCCGUGCACCAGGUCACCACAAAGCCCUUUGGUUCCAACACUGCUGUGACCACGCAGAACAAAGCCGCCCUGCAGCAGCAGAAGGUCCAGCAGAACCUCUCUGCCCUGACCAGCAAACCCGGGCAGAACGUGGUGCUGUUGGGCUUCCCCCAAGGGCUUCCAAGCGACACCUUCAAGCAGCCACUGCCACCACAGCAGCGAGCCCCCAGCAAGCCCAGGAGUGUCCACCUGCUGAGCCAGGGCAGCAGCAGCAGCAGCGCCACGCAGCACGUCGCGCAGGCCAUGCUGCAGGGCCAGAAGCAGAUCCUGCUCCCCGGGCAGCUGGCGGGUGCCUGCGCUGUGCAGAUCCCCCAGCAGCUCUCGGCCCUGCAGACCAACAUGGGGAGGCAGAUCCCGAGCACCUCCCGCCCCAGCGGACAAGCCCACACCACAACCAGCCAAGGGCCGGGCGCACGGCUGAGCAUCUACCAAGUCUUGCCAGCCCACAUCCUCUCCAGCCAGCACGUCGCCGGGCAGCUGAACCUGUGCCACCUGCUCCCAUCGCAGAGCACCCCUGGCACCGCUCACAUCCUAUGGGCUCCCAUGCAGCUCCAGCCCAGCCAGGUGGGUCACCCCGCUAUUUUCCAGGUGCCUGUUUUGCUGGGGGGCAGUUUGACCACGCAGAGCCAAGCCUCCGUGGCCGCUCCGAUGGGCCAGACGGGGAUGCAAGGGGUUCCUCGAGGGAUUCUCCUGCAGCAGAAGCAGCAGCCCCCCACCAGCCAGGCCCCCCUCCGCGCUCGGCACAUGCAGUGCCACGGUCUCCUCCGGGAUGGUCAGCAGGCAGGGACAGGCGGUGGCGGCCACGGCAACAUCAGGGACCCCCAUGCAGAGCCACGCGCCCACUGCUGCCCUCCCACCCUCCUCUGCAGGCUUUGGGAGACCUCAGGUGCUGAAGCCGUGCUUUGUGUGCAGGAAAAAGGCGGUGGGAUGCCACCUGUCAGCGCAGGGAGCCAGGACCAGGGCCAUCCAAACGUGCUGCUCGGUCACGCCCAGGUGCUUUUGUACGACAGCGAACUCCAUCCAAAGAAAGCCUCGACACUGCAGCCCGGCAAGGAAGCCUGUUUCCUGGAGCAGCUGCACAAACACCAAGCCAUGGUGCUGCACCCUGACUACCGGACCCCAUUCCGCUCCUUGGACGACGCCGUGCAGCGGCUCCUGCCCUACCACAUCUAUCAGGGAACGCUGCCCUCCGACGAAGAGUGCAGGAAGGUGGACGAGGAGUUUGAGGUGGUGUCUGCCCAGCUGCUAAAGCGCUCCCAAGCCAUGCUGAACAAGUACCGCCUGCUGCUCCUGGAGGAAUCCCAGAUUGGUAACUCUCUGCUUUGCACUGAAACGUCCUGGGGGAAUCCAGAACAGCGUUACUUAACCACAAACCCAUCCGCUUUCUCUCUGGCAGGCAUUUCCACCUCAGUUCCUGGGGACAGCAGAGCCUUCCCCAGCACUUCCACGCUGGUCUCUCCUGGGAAGGGGACUGCAGCCCAGGGGAGGUCAGGGACAGCUCAUGCCAGACAGCAGCCAGUUCAGUACGACAGCGAACUCCAUCCAAAGAAAGCCUCGACACUGCAGCCCGGCAAGGAAGCCUGUUUCCUGGAGCAGCUGCACAAACACCAAGCCAUGGUGCUGCACCCUGACUACCGGACCCCAUUCCGCUCCUUGGACGACGCCGUGCAGCGGCUCCUGCCCUACCACAUCUAUCAGGGAACGCUGCCCUCCGACGAAGAGUGCAGGAAGGUGGACGAGGAGUUUGAGGUGGUGUCUGCCCAGCUGCUAAAGCGCUCCCAAGCCAUGCUGAACAAGUACCGCCUGCUGCUCCUGGAGGAAUCCCAGGUGAGCCCAGCGUCCUGCUUUCCCCAGGGGUUGGAAGCGCAGGCAUUUGUCCAAGACCGCCCGCUUUCCUGGGUGGAGUUUCCGUGUUGCCUGGAGGAAGAUGUCUCAGUGCUCUCCCCAUCGCACAGCCUCUCCUCCUUGGCAUCCCUGGCCUCCAGCUCCAGUGCGGCACCAGCUCCCGACAGCCUGAAGGUGCCCCCAGCGCAGGCAGUGCCUCCCACUCCCUCCCCCAAGCUGGAGAUCAAGCCCAGUGGGAGCUCCCCCUCCGUCACCUGCACCAAGACUUCCCCUUUGCUGGACGAAGACGCGGACACCUUGCCCUCCGGGAACAAAUCCCCCAGCCAAGCCUGCGGAGCACCCAGUCAGAUCGGCCUCAAGCUGAAGAUCAAGCAGAGGGCUGGGCUAUGCUCGCCCAGCCCCAGCUUUAGCACCCCCACCCGCACCUGCCGCCCCCCCCGGCCCGCCCCGCUGUCGGUGCUCACUCGCCCACCGCAUCCCGCGCUGUCCCGGGGCCGCAGCGCUGCCCGCGCGCGGCUCCCGGCCAUGGGGCAGCGCCGUCCCAGGGCGCGGGGCAGCGGCGCUGCCGCGCAUGCGCACAGCCCACAGCUCCGCGGCUCCACCAGCCUCGCGGGCCGGGGGGGGAGCCUGGCGGAGGGGUGA